CAAGGUAACGGGACGCGGCCUGUUUUGUUGUUACUCUGCUGCAGUGGUGCAGUUAUUGAUAGAUCAAUGUUCACAAUGUUUUGUGUCUAACUUCUUUUUUUUGUUCUUUCAAAUAAAAUUUAAAUCGUACCGUUAGGUUUUGUCUGGUAGCUUUUGUAUAUAAAAAAAAUGUCGGAUAUAUUGUGUCAGUGGCUCAACGUGGAGCUCAAAAUCUCUACAUACGUUGAACCAAACUCAUUUGCAAAAGACUUUGCCACAGGCUUCUUGAUUGGGGAGGUUCUUCACAAGUACCAACUCCAAGACGACUUUGAUAGGUUUUCAAAAAGCAGGGCAGCUGAUUCCAAACUCAAUAAUUUUUCUCGCAUGGAACCAACACUCCACUUGUUGGACAUUCCUUUUGAUCUGAACAUUGCCCAAACCAUCAUGACAGAGCAAUAUGGAGUUGCAACUCGGCUCCUAUAUCAGCUUUACAUUGCACUGCAGAGGAAGAAAAAAGCUAGAUUAACUGGAGUGGCAAUGGAAGCUAUGCGACCAGCAGCGCCAGCAAACCUUCAGACCAUUGAAAGUGGUAUCUAUAAAGAGCUCUUAAAAAAAAUAGUUCCCAGAGAGGCAGAUCUGAAACUUAAGCAAGUGUCACAGAGGUAUGAGCAGAAAAGGAAGAAGACUGAAGAAAAGGUUAACCUUGCUCAUUAUGAAGAGCUAAGGAAAAUCCAGAAAAUGCAACAAGAUCUACGUUUACAGGAUAUUGAAAAGCAUCGCCUAGUUAAAAGAAGACAGGGUGAAAUGAUGGCAAGGAUACAGGCAGCUAUUGUUCAGAUUCCUAAACCCCCACCAAACCGCACUCUGGAAGCUAUUGCAGCACAGAAACAGCAGAGGAAAAAACAGGAGGCUCAGGAAGUGUACAAUGAAAUUAGCCACUUUGAGAAAAUGAGGAAGAGGCUGUCUCCCUCUGUUGGUAGCAAUGCUGCACAGGGCAUUCUGCAGACAUCCUUCCAGAGUGAAGGGCUAAGCUCAAAGUAUGUUUCUCCCAGUCCUGAGGAGAAGACUCAUGCUUACAAAGAAUAUAUCCAGAAGAUCCACAGACGGCUGGAGGAAGAUGCAGCUGCCAGAGAACAUCGAGAGAAGCGGAGGAGGAGAGUCCUGCUGGAGCAACUCAAAGCCCAUGAGGCACAAGAGGAGGCAUAUCGGGAGGAGCAGCUUGUUAACCGCUUAAUGAGACAGUCCCAGCAGGAGCGCAGAAUGGCAGUGCAGCUCAUGCAUGCUCGUCAUGAGAAGGAUAUCAUCAGGCAGAACCGCAUCAUGAGGGAAAAACAGUAUGAGGAGAGGCGGCUGUUGGAGUUUCAGGAAGCCCUCGACAGAGAAGCGGCACUGGCGAAGCAGGAAAAGAUUGACUACAUGGAACAAACUCGUAAGGAAAUUGAACUUCAUGAUGCGAUUGCUGCAGAAUAUGCAGAGGCUCGUUACAGAAAACAUUUUGAUAUUUGCCAGGAUGUUUUGAAUCAAAUAAUUGACCUGGUUACCAAAGCUGGAGAGUAUCGUGAGCUGACUCACAAUUUAUUACCAGCUAAGCUGAUGCGUGAGUGGAAGGAGCUAUUUUAUAACGGAAAGCCACUGUAUGAAAAAGCCUCUGUUGACCCAAUCCCAUCUGAGCCAAACCCUGAACAGCUGCUUGAACUUGAAAAGCUGCAGAUCCUGGAUGACCAGGAUUAUGAGGAGUUCCAGACCAUGACUGGGGAAUGGGCCCCAUCUGAAGAGUGUGAAGUAAAAGAACCUCCGGCAAACAACAACGUCCUGGGUCAUGUGAUUCGCAGAUUGUUUGACAUCAUAAAUCCACCCAGACCACCAACCCCACCUCCUGAAUUCCCUCCUUUCUCACUGAAGGCAUGUGCUAUGGGAAAACUGUUUGCUGGCAAAUCCACCUGUUUGGCUAAAAUAGCAAGAGCUCACCACAUCCAGAUUCUGUCUGCUGACUGCCUAGUUCAGGAAGCUGUAAAAGCCUUUUAUGACAGUGAAGAGGCAGAGAUCAUAACAGAAGAGAAGGAAACUAGAAAAGAAAACCAGCUAACAGCUCGUGCUCAACUUGGUGCAGUGUUGGAGAAGAUCCUUAAAAAAGGAAAGAGUGUCCCGGAUGAGCAGCUUGUUGAUACCAUUGUUGAGGCAAUUAGCCGUCUUCCUGCAGAAUCUGGAUGGGUCUUGGAUGGGUUUCCAGUGAAUUUAAAUCAAGCAAAACUGUUGGAGAAAGCACUCUCAGGGAUUGACCCUGACAAAGCAAUCUCAAAAAAGAUGAAAAAACGUAAAACAUCAGUGUUAACAACAGACCCAACAGCUCCAAAAGAACCACCUUCUCCUCCUCCUGUUUUGGAUUUGGCAGUCUUAUUUGAUGUGUCUGACAACAUGGUGCUGAGACGAGCUGCAGGAAGCACAUGUGGACAACAAUCUUCUGACCUAUGUCAAGAAGAGUUUAAUCCACCCCCAGAAGGAUCUAUCACAGGUGUUGGAAGCAAAGAAAUGGUUGCUGCAGUAAAGGACCUAUCUCAUGGACAGGAACAAAUACAACAUAGGAUUACUGGUUUUCUCGACACCUGGCCAAAACUCGAAGAUUGGUUUGGAGGACGGCAGAACAUUCUUGUGAAGGUUAAUGCGGAGAUGGAAGAAGAUAUAGUGUGUAAAAAAGUAGAAUCUAUACUGUUUGAAGCAAUGAUCCAGAAGGAACAGAAAGGUAAGAAACUACCAAUUGAAGAAGAAAAGAAAGAAACAAUCCCUGCCCCACCCGCACCAGCUCCUGCUCCUACCCCUCCUGCAACCCCAGUUCAUCCAGCAGAGAAACGGCCUAGAUCCAAAUCUCCCAAAGAAUCACAAAGUCUUCCCGGCUCUGCCAAGGACAGAAAGGGGAGAAAGCCUGCAUCACCUAAAGGAAAAGAGCCAUCUAGAAAGUCCUCUAAGUCUGGAGCUAGUCGCUCAGGUUCAGGCAGAGGAAGAUCAGGAAAGAAAUCUGAACCCACAACCCCAGAGGUACCAUCUGAACCUACACCUACUGAACCACCACUUCCAAAGCCAGGCUCAGAUCAAUGGGUUUAUGUGGAGGAAACAGUCCCGAAUGAAAUAGCUGAAUAUUUGGUCCCAUACUGGAAGAAUGUGUGCGAUACUUACAUUAAUAACACCAAGGCUGUGAUGCACAAUCUACGGAUUGAACAGGACUUAAUCAUCCAUUACUUGUUCAAUAUCAGAAAAGAGUUUAAAGAGUAUCUUAAACGCCCUGACCACAAGCAAGAAUUUUUGUCUCAAUGGCAACAUGAGUACAACUGCAUCUCUGAUGACAUGCGAGAAGAUGAGGAGACAAAAGCAGAACUGCACCAGAGAGCUGACGACUUGAGAGAGCGACUGUGGGAUAUAUGUGAUAAUCGAAGGGAAGAAGCAGCACAAGAACGUAAUAAUAUUAUAAACGAUGGUUGGAUAGAAGAUCACACAGGGAUCCUUAUAAACCACUACUCCUCAAUGAUGCAGGUAUCAGUGGACCGGUUCCAGGACACACUACGUCUGCUCCGUGACUACUACAAAGGCAUAGAAAAGAACAUUCUUCCUGAAGCCAGUCAGGAGUUUACACGCAUCCCAUUAGUAGACAUUAUCAAUAUGGAUCAAAAUGGCGAUCUUGAGGUGCCAAAAAGUGGAUCUGCCCAAUCUGAAAGGCAAACAAAAAGUGCAGCCAAAAAGGAAACAGAAGGAGAAGACAAGAAGCAGCAAAUUAAAAAAAUCCCUCUGGUGCCCAGAAGACCUUUGUCAUCUGAUCAAAGUGGAACAAAAAUAAAAAACAGAACAGCAAAUCUUGAGAGUAAAGAUGAGAUGCUUGUCAGGGACAUCUGGCAGGCAGCAUUAACAGCAGUUUCCAAUAUGAUUGCUGCUGAGGUCCAGCAAAGGGAGACUGAGGAGACAGAGGAGCAGCGGCGGAUUGAAGAGGGGGAAAGGCAGAGAUCUUCCCAGGUUUCAGCUGCAGCAGGUGGAAAGGAUAAGAAAAAGGACCAGAAGUCUGCUAAAAAGAAAGGAGCUUCAUCUCCCACACCCCCACCCCCACCCCCUCCAUCAGAAGAUGACAUUGAGGAGAUAAAGAAGAGGGAGCUGAAAGCGAAAAUGAGACAGGAGUAUUUUAGUGCACUAGAACAUGAAGAAUACAUGGUAAAGGCACGCCUUGAAUUGAUAAAGUCAAAGUCAUUGGCUGUUGUUCGAGACUUAUUAAGAAAAGCAGAAGAGGCUUACAAAGAAAUUGAGGAGUGGUUUGGAGCAAGGUUCCUGGCAGAAAUGAAAAGUAUUGACCAAAUCACUGAAAUAAUCCGCCAUCACAUAGAGACAGCAGCAAAGAUCCAGAACGAACUUGUUCUCACUAGUAUGGAUUUCUACAUCAAUGGAGAUCUGAAAGUGUUCCCUGACCCUGUGACUCCUCCGCGACCUCCUUCUGUAGAGUUUCAGGUUGAUAGUACUCUCACUAUCCUACAGCUCAGUGCUUUAUAUGAACAGUUCUGCAGAGCAGCACCAAAAGGUCUGGUGUCCAGUAAAGAUUUUACAGAUAUUCUGCAAGCGCUAACGACUCUGAGCCUGGGGAAUGACUUACUUCCUGACAUCUGGAUGCACCUCUCUGCAACACAGAUACAGGAGCUGAUGGCACUGCUAACCCUGGACUCUGAGCUCAUUGACUGGCACAAGUUCCUGUUAUUAGCAGCUCAGCCAUGGCCAUACCCCUCUCAGAGACAGCUCCUUCAGACUUUGGAGAGGUUCAAGGGUCUCGAUACUGAUGGAUCAGGAUUUGUAACAGAAGAACAAUUUAACAAGACUGAUGUAUGGUUUACAAGUGACAUUCAAAUCCUUAAUGAUCCAACAGAACCAAUUCCUUAUGACAGAAUGGAAAAUCUGAAAAAGUUUUUCUUCAUGCUGUUUUCUGAUCACCAAACCUCAGUGAAACAGCUUGACUAUGUAAACAUGCUGCUGUACUUUGCUGCACAUCCUGAUCCUGUUGAAGGGUUCUACAGAGCACUAAGUGUCACUACAGGAGAAUACAUCACUGGAAGGAAAACCAGUUCUAACCUCCUUAAGUCAGUGCCAAACAUGGAUGAGAUACCCUCAGAUGAACCACCAGGGAGUCAAACCCCACCUGCAACGGAUGGAGGGAGAGUGUCACUUGGUGCUUUAUUCAAAGCUCUUUGUCAUGGGGACUUCAAGACUGGAGAUCACAACAGAUUUCAUUCACAGGACAAGACUCUGGCUGAAUACUAUGAGAACAUCAGUCAGAUCUACAAAGAGCUUGGAUAUGAGGAUUCGGAAGCAAUUCCAUAUAAUAUCCUUUCACAGCAUCCAUUCAUGUUGGACCUGAUUGAGAACAACCUUCGAUACAAACUCACAGAUAUUCACAGAGUUCUGCAAAUCCAGCAGAAUGAAGGGGUGACCCAGUCUUCAAGUGCAUGUUAAACAGCCCAGAAGCAGUACUGGGAUAACACAAACAAACAAUAUUAUACAAAUGUAUUUGAUUAUUUAGUUAUUACUUGAAACAUAUUGUCUUGCUUUAUUCAAAAGUAGCAUUUGUAACGGAAAUUAAUAAAAUAAAAUGAAAAAUGUAACUCA